AUGCCUGCAACAACACUCUUCAAGAUGGCAAUGCAAGCUGCGAUCCGCCUUUCGGCGCAAAUCAACGACAUCGCAGACAUGCCAUACGAACUCGCACGCCCCAUCCUACUCAAGAUCCAAAGCCCGCAACAGCUCCGCGACAUCGAGAUCAACUGCCCACACAUCGCCGAAGCCGACAAAGAGCUCUGGGUUCACUUCAUCCAGCGCGACAUUCCAGACUGGGAGAGCAAGAUUGUCGAGCCCAAGAACAAGAACAGCUGGCACAAGGUCUACCGCUGGCUGCAGCGCAAAGAAGAACGCAAGGCCGCUGAAGAUGAAGAAGCACUUCGCAAGACUCUUGCAGGUGAAGGCGUCAAGAAGGCAGAAAAGAACGCUCUCUUCAUCGACAAAGUCCUCCCUCACGCCCGUGCCGAAGAUGAGCACAACUUCUACAUCGACGGUGUCAAAAACAAGAACCUGAACGCCUCUGGCAGCGACAAGAGAAAGCCACCUACCAUGAAGAACGCGAAGACCGGCAGAGACAUGCUGGGUGCCAUCCGACGUCAAGCUGUCGAAACAUCGAGGGCCAGAUCCAUGGUCAAGCCAUUCGCUCCACCGACAGCUUCUCAGAGGCUUGACAAUGCAAAGAGGCAAAUCACCCAAGCACCCGCAAGCAUGAUCCAGUCAGCGAUUGCUUCUCGUCCACUCACCAUCGCACCUCGAGAGCCCCUCCCCCAUGAGAAGGCCAUGAUGAAAGAGAUGAACCGAAUGCGCGCCACGACCAAGAUUCAACCUCCCACACGCAUGGCCAACAUCAAGUUCGCAGAGCAGAACAAGCAAGCCAUCGAAGCUGCCACUCGCAAGGCCCGCGAAGUGAAUGAAGCAAAACUACGAGCCCUCACGCAGGUCCAGAAGCGGCCAUCAACGGCAUCUUCUCCGCCAAGCAAGGCAUACGACUUUGCUCCAUCGCCAAUUGUCGUUGACCCAUCCAAGCGAGCUUCUCCACCGAUAAUGACGGCUGCUCCACCAGCGAGAGUGCAGACCCCAGCUGCGAGUCCCCCAGCGGCUUCUGCUCCACCGCCGCCAAAGCAGCCAGUCGCCAUCAGCCCGGACUCCACACCCAAGACCUCAGCUUCCCAAGCGAAGUCGAUCAGUCCAGAGUCCAGCCCGCCACCCAAGAUGAUGAAGAAGCGUCCAGCGCCAACGUCCAUCUUCAUGAACACGAACAAGAAGCGCAAGAUCUGA